GUUCAGUGCUAGUGCUGUGCAGUGAAUGUAGUGAAGUGAUGUUCGCGUGAGCCGCCCAGUCAUGCGCCGGUCUGGGCCGAGCCCGUGGGCCUGGCUCGCGGUGCUCGUUGCGCUCGGCAGGACCACGGCAUAUACUGACACCGACGAGUUCCUUAGCGAUUUGGACAAACCAGUGCCAAUAUCGGACGUGCAAGGAGUGCUGGGGAAGAAAGCGUCGUUACCCUGUGAUAUUCAGCCACUGCACUCUGAUGACGCAGUGGUCAUGGUGCUGUGGUUCAAAACUGAGGGGGACGGAGAACCUCUUUACAGUUAUGACAUCCGUGGGCGUACCUUCAAUCAGCCAAAACUCUGGUCUUCACCAACGGUUUUCGGAAAUCGCGCGUACUUCCGCGGCGGUGCCACUCCAGCUGUUUUAAUGGUAGACAACGUGCAAGCCACUGACGCUGGGAUGUACCGAUGCAGAGUUGACUUUAAAAAUUCGCCUACCAGGAAUUUGAAGGUCAACUUUACCGUUAUAAUCCCGCCGAGUCGGCCAACAAUUUACGACGCGAAGAGACGAGACCGGACGAAAUUAGUCGAGCCGUAUAACGAAGGAUCCAACGUUUUGCUCAUUUGUGAGGUAGAAGGGGGUCGGCCUAGACCUCGAGUGACGUGGUACCUCGAGAACGUGGUAAUAGACGAUUCCUACGAACAGCGUCCAGAUGGUAUCACAGUCAACACUUUAACCUUCCCAAAUGUUGGAAGACAACAUUUGAAUGCAAGACUCGUCUGUCAGGCUGCGAAUACCAAUCUGGCACCACCAGAGACUAAAGUGUUGAUUCUGGACAUUAAUUUAAAACCCCUAACUGUGACGAUACUAAACAAAGAGAAGCAAGUGUCAGCUGAUAAGCGGUACGAGAUCGAAUGCAAGACGACCGGGUCACGACCCGAGGCUUACGUCACGUGGUGGAAAAACAACCGACAACUGAAGCGCAUGGCCAAAAACUUCUCGGAAAACAACGAAACACUAAGUGUCCUCACCCUUGUACCGAGUGUAGAAGACGACGGAAAGUACCUAACUUGCCGGUCCGAGAACAAGCACAUCCCUGACUCGGCGAUUGAAGAUAAAUGGAGACUUAAUGUGCAUUAUGUACCAGUGGUAGAUCUUAAAAUGGGUUCUAAUCUGAACCCUAAUGAGAUUAAGGAAGGCGACGACGUUUACUUCGAAUGUACUGUGAAGGCCAAUCCUAAGACGCAUCGGCUGGUUUGGUUCCACGACAAUAACGAAAUUUUCCACAAUGAGGGAUCAGGUGUAAUCCUAAGCGCCCAGAGCCUGGUCCUGCAAAGUGUUACCAGAGCUGCUGCAGGGGACUACACCUGCAUGGCUGCCAACAGCGAGGGGAAGGGUACCAGCAACCCUGUCACAUUGAUGGUUCGAUAUGCUCCCGUAUGCACAGAAAGAAGAGACGGUGAAUUAUUUGGUGCUCUAAAACACGAGACAGUAUCGAUACAUUGCUCAGUCGACGCCAAUCCGGCGCUGGUGUCAUUUCACUGGACGUUUAACAAUUCUGGAGAACAAACAGAAAUUCCUCCUCGAUUGUACAGCAGUCAUGGCCACACAUCCACUCUUAACUAUACUCCAACCACAGACAUGGAGUAUGGAACCCUCGCUUGCUAUGGAGCAAAUUCAGUCGGGCAACAGAAAGUGCCCUGUCUAUUCCAAUUGGUCGCCGCAGGUCGUCCAUUCCAAUUGCAAAACUGCUCGGUAGCAAAUCAAAGCAUUGACUCUUUGUACGUCGAGUGCGUCGAGAACUUCGAUGGCGGUCUUCCACAAAGCUUCCUGAUGGAGUUACGUGAACUGCCUACUUUGGCUCUCCGCUACAACGUAUCAACAAACCGCACGCCCCCCUACUUCGAGGUCCGUGGCCUUCCCCCCGGUGUCAGCUAUAGAAUCGACUUGUAUGCCGUCAACGCCAAAGGUCGAAGCGACGUAUCUACUAUAGAAACCGUCACCCUCAAAGGACAGGCCAAGUUUACUGGUGAAAGCAACACCCUGGGCAUGUCUCCAGUGUUGGCUUCCAUAGCAGCGAUGUCAGCUCUCUUGGCUACAGCGGUCUGCGGAGUACUAGCUGUGCUGUAUCGACGACAUUCGACCAGACACAGGCAUUUGCCUGCUAAGCACGCUCCUUUGAGUGAGCCUAUGUACACAGACAGACCUCCGCACUGUCCGACACCAGUCAAGCAAGAGCCCGACUCCCGCGCAAGCAGCGCGGAACCCCGAGGGGAGAGGGGCGUGCGGGGAGCGCUGCUGCAUGCACCAGAUCCUGCGGAUGACGCAGACCCCGACAUCAUACCUUCCUUGUAUGAACGGAGGCCCGUCUCCAACGGCUACAUGAGCCUGCAGAGGCCCCCGGCCUCGAGCAAGAUCAGCAAACCGGGCGAGGAUAUCCGCUCCGAACCCGAUGGUGGACCCUUCUUCACCGACUUUAGGAAGAAGGACUAUAGGAUACCUUUAACUAGUUCGUACCAUAGUUUAGGACGAGUUAACAAAGGAGUGAACGCAUGCAGCCCGAGUUCAGCAACAGGCGUGACGUCAUCUGCCACUGCGCACCGACUACGGCCAGAAGUCGUCACUACAUCACAUCGGGUGCAGGAGAGUUGUAUAUAAAAUGUUUAUAUAGAUAGUUAAUUUAUUGUAACGACUGUGUUCCUUAUUUCAAUUUGAAUAGAUUCCAUUGAAUACCGUUAGAAAGAUCGUUGAACCUUUCGAUGAAAUGAAUCGUUUGAAUAACAGUUCGGGCCUUGCAUUUACCAGUAUGUUCUAGCUGAUCGUUAAACCGUCAGGCGCAGCUGUAUGCCAUGUCACCGAAGGGCAUGUCGCGCGUGGGUGACUGCGAAACCCAAUCCGACCGAAUCCUAUGAACAUUAAAAGGUUAUUAAAAACGUUAAUGAAAUACGACUCUGUUGUUUUUCUCUUUAUUGAUUUAGGAACUUUGUGUUUUCGUUACUGGCAAAAUAAAUAAAGCGCUAUUGAUUAAAAUAACAACC